AUGGAACAAAAAUUUAAGUUGCUCAUAUUUAUUAAUAUUUCUUUUUUUUUCCUUUUAACAUGGAUAUACCAUUUUGACGAUGAUGUUAGUGAGCCUUAUAAAUCACCGGAUGAGAAUUGUAAGCAUAGUAAUAAAUUAAAUAUAAGGAAUUAUCGAUUACUUUCAAAAUGUAAACACAAUAACGAUACAUUUAUUGUGAGUUUAAAUGAAGUCAAUUCAAAUAAUGGAAUGGACGAAAAAAAAGAUAUAUAUAACAAUGAACAAAUAUUUGCAAAAUUAAAAAGAAAACCAAAUAGAAGUUCAUCAAAUAAUAUGGAAUUCAGUAAAAAAGGAAAGAAAAAUAAAUCUUGUAUAUUUGAAACAAAAAAAUAUUCCCGUAUGGAAAAAAAAAUAUUCAAAGAACAAGAUUAUUUGGAUUUUCUUAAAAACAAUAGGACGAUUCGUAAUAACACUUACCAAAAAAUAAUACGUAAAAAGUACGGAUUUCGAAUAACAUUACCUAUAUUAUUUGUUUUGUUGUUAUGUAUAUUACUUAUACUGGAUUUAUACGCGAAUUGUGGACUUAUAGGGGGGUUGUUUAAAGUAUUGAAUAUUAUUGCUACAACAGCUACAACAGUGGUAUCAACAACCACAGAUGGUGUGACACCUUUACAAAAAUUCUUAAAUCCUUUACAUCAAUGGUUGAAAAAGUCCCCUUUUGGUUCGUUCUUUAAAUCAGCUUCUAAAGUAGCACGGAAUGGAGGCAGUACUAAUAUAGAUAAAUAUUCUUAUAUAACCGGUUUCUUUGGUUUUCUUAUAUACUUCAUACCCAUCUUUAUAAUAGGUGUCACAUGUAUAUUAGGUAUUUUUUACUACCAUAAAAAAGUUAAAAAGUAUGAAAAAAUUAAGUUUAGAAAAGGGUAA